AUGAGGAAAAUAUUGAACUCAAACAAAUUAUUGAAGGAAAAUGGAAAUCUUAUAAAGAGAAGGAUACACACAGGCUGGUCACCCAAUAAUGAUAAUUUCAAUCCAAGUAUGGCAUCAUAUAUAGAAGGAGUAUACAGAAUAUGGAGACAAGAUAGGAAUUCUCUCCAUAAAUCAUGGGACGUGUACUUCGAAGAAAUGUCAGACAACGGAGGGUUGUACAUGAAAAGGUCAGCAGAAAUUAUGCACAUGAUGAAAGAAGGAAAGGCUGAGAGAAAGAGUAGAAUGGAAGGAACGCAUGCCAUGGAGAAAAAGCACAAUGGUAAAGACUUACGAAUUACAUAUGUUAAUAAAGAAAUGUUAGAUAAGGGAAGAGGAGGAAAUAUUUACGACAUUGCACGUAUAGUUCAACUUAUUCGAUGGUAUCAAAAGAAAGGGCAUCUUUAUGCAAAGAUAAAUCCACUACCUUUGCCAAAUAUGGCACCUUACAGUAGUGUAGUGAACGAAAAUGAUAAGAAGAAAAUGUAUUAUACAGAUUUUGGGUUCACAGAAGAUGACUUAGAUGCAGAAUUUUCUUUGGAUUUACCUUCAAUAACUGGUUUUUGUAGAAAUGGAGAGAAAAAAAAAAGUACACUGAGAAGUUUAAUUGAUAGAUUAGAAGAGACAUACUGUGGAACUAUUGGAUUUGAAUAUAUGCAUAUAACAGACGAGAAUGUUGUUAAUUAUAUAGUGAAGAGAAUAGAACAGGAUCGAAAAUUUCAAUAUGACAAUCGAAUGAAGAGAAAGAUAUUAGAAAACACUGCUAGAGCUUUCAUAUUUGAAAAUUACAUGGCAGCAAAAUUUGCAACCACGAAAAGAUUUGGAAUUGAUGGAUGUGAAACACUUAUCACAGGAAUGAAAGCACUAAUUGCACGUGCAGCAAUGUUACAUAUUGAUAGUGUUCUGAUGAGUAUGUCUCAUAGAGGGAGGUUAAAUGUUCUUUUUAAUGUUUUACAUAAGCCAUUAGAAAACAUGAUGUCAGAAUUUAGAGGGAAAACUGGAUUUACUGAUAAUGUUUGGGGUAAUACAGGAGAUGUAAAAUAUCACUUAGGUGUUGAGAUUGAUCAUUUUGAUAAAGAAUCGAAUAGAUAUAUUCACAUGGGAAUUGUAGACAAUUCUUCACAUUUAGAAUCUGUAGAUCCUAUAUUGAUGGGUCAAGCUAGAGCACAACAAUAUUAUUGUAACGAUAUAGAAAAGAAAAAAGUCCUUCCUAUUACAAUACAUGGAGAUGCAUCUAUAGCUGGACAAGGAAUUGCUUAUGAAACUUUUCAAAUGUCUAAAUUGCCAAGUUAUAAUGUUGGUGGAACUAUACACAUUGUUGUGAAUAAUCAAAUUGGAUUCACAACAUACCCAGUAGAUGCAAGAUCUGGAAAAUAUUGCACUGACAUAGCCAAAUGUAUUGACAUUCCAAUCAUUCAUGUGAAUGCAGAUGAUCCAGAAGCAGUAACCUAUGUAUUCGAAUUGACAUUAGAUAUAAGAAAUAAAUUUCACAUAGACACAAUUAUUGAUAUUGUUGGUUAUAGACGUUAUGGGCAUAAUGAGUUAGAUAUGCCAAAAUUUACGAACCCACUUUUGUAUGAUAUAAUAGCUAGACAUGAAUCCGUUUUGGAUCUAUACAGUAAAAAGCUAAUCAAUGAAAAGGUAAUUACACUUGAUGAAUUUGAAAAAAACAAAACAAGUAUUUAUAAUUUAUACGAAGAAGUAUAUGAAAAAUCGAAAUCAUUUAUUCCUUCUCCUAAAGAUAAAUAUCUACCACAAUGGGAACAUAUGGUUACUCCUCAAAAAUUUUCUCCAUCUAGAAAAACAGGUGUUGAAAAAAAAGUUCUACUUGAUUUGGGAAAGCAAAUAUUCACAUUAAGAGAUAAUUUCCAUGCACAUCCGAUUAUAACAAAAUUGUUUAAAAGUCGUUUAGACAGUUUAGAUACAGGGAAGAACAUAGAUUUUGGAACAGCUGAAUUGUUAGCAUAUGCAACUCUCUUAUCUGAUGGAUUCCAUGCAAGAUUAAGUGGGCAAGAUUCACAGAGAGGUACAUUUUCUCAUAGACAUGCAGUUCUUCAUGAUCAAGUUACUUACGAGUCGUACAACAUUUUCGAUUCUUUAAAAACACCUCAUAGUAUAGAAGUAAAUAAUUCACUUCUAUCUGAAUAUGCAGCAUUAGGGUUCGAAAUUGGAUACAGUUAUGAACAUCCAGAUGCACUAGUUGUAUGGGAAGCUCAAUUUGGAGAUUUUGCAAAUGGUGCACAAGUUAUGAUAGAUAAUUACAUAGCUUCUGGAGAAACAAAAUGGAACAAGCAAUCAGGAAUUGUUAUGUUUCUACCUCAUGGUUAUGAUGGUCAAGGGCCAGAACAUUCCUCUGCUCGUAUUGAACGGUUUUUACAACUUUGUGAUGAUAGAGAAGAUAUAGCAACAUAUUCAGUGGAAAAAGAUAAAACGAUUAUUCAACAACAUAAUAUGCAAGUUAUUAAUUGUACUAAACCAUCGAAUCUUUUUCAUGCACUUAGACGACAGAUGCAUCGAUCAUUUAGAAAACCUUUAAUUGCUAUUACUCCAAAAAAAAUGUUAAAAAUGAGAAUGGCUUUUGAUGUUAUUGAAAAUUUUCUUACAUCUACCGAAUUUAGGCCAUAUUUGCCUGAACAGCAAGGUCAUAAAUUAAAUCCAAAGGAAGAAAUUAAAAGAAUUAUCUUAUGUUCUGGGCAAGUCUACUAUGAUUUAUUAAAUUAUAGAGACACUAAUAAGAUCAAAAAUGUUGCUAUUUCUACCAUAGAACAGUUAUCACCUUUCCCUUUUAAGCAAUUUAUGAAUGAUUUACAAACUUAUCCAAAUUUGAGGGAUGUUAUUUGGGUUCAAGAAGAACAUAUGAACAUGGGUCCUUGGUUUUACGUAUCUCGUCGAAUAGAAGCUGCCAUCAAACAGUUAAAAACAGACAACACAAAAUGGAAUAUUGAGAUACCUCAGGUUAACUACUCCGGAAGGGAUGUGUACGCUGCACAAUCUGCUGGUGAUCUAAAUUUGCAUCUCUAUCAGCUAGACGAGUUCUUGCUUGAUGCCUUUGAUUUGUCCAAAAGUCACAACAUGCAUGCGCAUAAGUAUACUUCUCUCCUUCCUUAG